AUGGGUGCGUUGCGUCUGCAUAUCGAGGGGAAGUCGUUUCGCGACCCGAAACAUAGGGAGAUUAUUUUGAGAGGCAUCAACGUCGCCGGCGAUGCAAAAUACCCCAAAUCUCCCGACAUCCCUUCCUUCGUUUCCGACAAGUUCUUCGAGGCCGACGACGUUUCGUUUGUAGGACGGCCAUUCUCCUUGGAGGAUGCACACACUCACUUCAAGAGGCUGCGUAGGUGGGGAUACAAUGCGAUUCGAUAUAUCUUCACCUGGGAGGCUAUCGAGCAUGCGGGGCCGGGUAUUUACGACCAGGAGUGGAUCGCGUUCACCAUCGAGGUUCUCAGGGUAGCGAAGCAAUAUGAAUUCUAUGUUUUCAUGGAUCCGCAUCAGGAUGUGUGGUCGCGGUUGUCUGGAGGAUCCGGAGCCCCGAUGUGGACGCUUUAUGCGGCAGGACUGAACCCGAGGGGUUUCAAGGACACCGAGGCAGCCCUUGUUCAAAACACCUAUGAUGAUCCUUCCCAGUUUCCAAAGAUGAUCUGGAGUACCAACUACACUCGUCUCGUCUGUCAGACUAUGUUCACUCUAUUCUGGGCUGGACGAGACUUUGCACCAAAAGCUGUCAUCGAUGGCAUGAACAUUCAGGACUAUUUGCAAAGCCAUUUUAUCUCAGCUUGUAAAUACUUGGCCCAAAGAAUUCAUGAAGCUGGGGACCUGGAACAUGAGGUGGUAAUUGGCUGGGAAAGCAUGAAUGAACCUCACCGUGGCCUCGUGGGCGUUCAAGAUAUAUCCGUUGUUCCAGCAGAACAGCAGCUCCAGCUCGGGACAUCUCCAACUGCAUUUCAGGCUAUGUUGACAGGUGCCGGGCGUGCCUGUGAAGAAACAACGUGGGCCUUCGGCGGCUUUGGCCCGCACCAAACUGGUCGCGAACUUGUCGAUCCCGAGGGUGUAUCCGCUUGGCUACCAGAGGACCAUGACGACAGUAAAUAUGGCUGGAAGCGCGAUUCUGGUUGGAAGCUUGGAGAAUGUAUCUGGGCUCAGCAUGGAGUUUGGGAUACAUACACAGACACGCUGUUGCAGAAAGACUAUUUCUCAAAGGUCCCCCGAACUGGCGACAAACUGGACUAUGAGAUAUUCACCAACACCUACUUUUUGCACCACUAUCAAGCAUAUCGAGAUGCCAUUCGGGAUGUCUGGCCAGAGGCCAUCUUGCUAUGCCAACCGCCUGUCAUGGAGGUUCCCCCCGACCUGAAAGGCACCGUCGACGAUGAUCCCAACAUGGUGCAUGCAGUUCAUUACUACGACGGUUUGACUCUUUUGACUAAACAUUGGAAUCGACUGUACAACGUUGAUGUUAUCGGUGUCCUUCGGGGCAAGUACUGGGCGCCGGCCUUUGCAGUCAAAAUUGGCGAGACUGCCAUCCGGAAUUGUCUGCGAGAUCAGCUUAAAUUCCUUCGAGACGAGAGCUUAAACUACAUGGGAAAUCACCCGCUUCUUUUCACGGAAAUUGGCAUACCAUAUGAUAUGGAUGACAAGCAUGCCUACCAGACUGGUGAUUAUAGCAGUCAGACCAGCGCCAUGGAUGCCAACCAUUUUGCUUUGGAGGGUAGUACAUCCAAUGGCUUCACCUUGUGGGUUUAUGAGACAGAGAACAACCAUGAAUGGGGAGACCAAUGGAACGGGGAAGAUUUGUCCAUCCUUUCCCGAGAUGAUUUGGAGCUGCCAUGUGGAAGCACUCUUCGCUCGCUCAAUCCCCAGUCCCCUGCCUACUCUGAAAGCCACAGCAGCGCGGAAGAGCCUCAGGUCGAACCGCGCAAUCUUAAGCAGGCUCUCACAUCUCCUUCGAUAUCCAGUGAUUCCUCUCCACAAUCAAAAGGCUACCGCGCUGCAGAGGCAUAUAUUCGGCCGAGUCCCAUCUACGUCAGCGGGAGUCUAAGAAGCCAUGUUUUUGAUCUUCGAAACUGCACAUUCACCAUGAAGUUAACUGCUAAAACGGCUACUUCGACUGACGCACCGACUGAGAUAUAUCUGCCCGACUUCCAUUUUCCCGAGACAAACACAGUCGUUGCGGUCAGUGGAGGCAAGUGGGAGCUUGACUACCAAGAAAUCCAGUCCAUCAAGGUUCAGCGACUACGAUGGUGGCAUGCGGAAGGGGAGCAGGAUAUCAAGAUCGAGGGCAUCAAGCGCCAUCCGGGCGAGUUUGCCAAUCCCUCCGGUGACGAUGUGACCUAUCUUGAACAAUGCCAGCAAGGCCAGUGCAUGAUUAUGUGA